AUGACUCAAGUCAUUCAAGGACUCCAUAAGGAAAGCAAAAAUAGUAUCUUCCAAAAGGUCUAUUAUGAGAAUACUCCCAUAGGAAUCGUCACUGCUACCACUUCUACUGGAAGAUCUGCUAACGGGAAGGAAGAUGUGCUGGAGUCGAGGGCUUCAAUCACAGAGGAUGUAAUUAAGGCUAUAAUUGAUGACAAGGUCCGUGUGAUUGGGGUGUAUGGACCAGGUGGGGUUGGUAAGUCCAAGCUUAUGGAGGACGUAGAAAGGCGAGUUAAAGAAGAGCAGUUAUUUGAUGUGGUUGCCACGACAAAUGUAUCACGCAAUCCAGAUCUAAAAACAAUUCAAGCAGAAAUCGCUUAUGCACUAGGUCUGAAGCUAGUGAAUGAGGAAACUACUCGUGGGAGAGCAGAUAUUUUGUGCAAGAGGUUAGAGGAAGAUUGUGAGAAAAAGAUUCUCAUAAUUUUAGAUAAUUUGUGGACAAAGCUAGAGUUGAAGGAAGUUGGAAUCCCUUGUGCAUACGAUAAUAAAGUAAGAGGCUGCAAGCUGUUGCUAACGUCUAGAUACCGACAUGUCUUGUACAUUGAGAUGGGUUCUGAUCAGGAAUUCCGACUCAAUGAGUUAGAGCAUGGAGAAGCACGAAUACUUUUUGAAAGGACAGUGGGGGACAAAGUUAAUGACCCUGAAUUUAAGAACUUGGUGGAUAGAGUGGUCGAGAAUUGUGGAGGCUUGCCUCUUUUGAUUCUCUCGAUGGCAAAAAGGUUGAAGCGAGGAGACUUGGCUGAAUGGAGGAAUGCUUUGACCAAUAUAGAAGGGUCGAGGGUAAAAUCAAUAGUGGAACUAAAUUACAAUGACUUAGAAGAUGAGAGGAUCAGAUCAUUGUUCUUAAUUUGUGCUCUAGACUCUGGGAGAUCUUCUAUAAGGGAUACCCUAGUCUACUGCAUGGGUUUGGGUUUAUUUAAAGCAAUUAGCAAGACCAUCGAAAAUGCUAGAGAUAGAUUGAUUAUAGAUCUACGUUGCCUACUGAACUCUUCUUUGUUGCUAGGUAGUUAUGACCUAAAAAAGUUGAGGAUGCAUGACUUACUUGUUGAUGUGGCCAUCUCUAUGCAUGACAAAUUUAUUGACACGGAAUGGAACGCCUUGAUUGGGAAAAAGGAUUUUGGGUUUAAAGAAUGGUCAAAGUAUGAUCUUAAAAAAUGCACCGCAAUGUCCUUCCAUUAUGUUGGCAUUGCAGAACUUCCUAAACAAUUGGAUUGCCCAAACAUGAGGAUUCUUCUGUUAUUCGAAAACAACCCAUUUCUCGAAAUGCCUGACUCAUUUUUCGAAUCUAUGGAGAAGCUCCAAGUCUUGGACUUGACUGGCUUAUCUUUUACCUCUCUACCGUUGUCGAUUGAGUUCCUUGCAAACCUGUCAUCACUAUGUCUUGAUCGCUGCCAUCUGAAGGAUGUGACCGCUCUUAGAAAGCUGAAAGGACUGCAGUUCCUAAGCUUCCUCAAGUCUACAAUUGCUCGGCUGCCCAAAGAAAUGGGAGAACUAAUAGAAUUGAGAUUUUUGGACUUGAGAGACUGCACCAAGCUCAAAGUUAUUGAACCCGGUGUGCUUGAAAGCUUGGUUAAUUUAGAAGAAUUGUAUAUGCAAAACAGUUUUGAUCAGUGGGAGGCUGAGGAUGAAACCCCACGAAGCAACGCUAGCCUCGCUGAGUUCAAGAACAUGAAUAAGUUGAGCACUUUAUACAUUGCCAUUCCUCAUCCAGCCAAUCUCUCAAGAGACCUGCCAUUUGGGAAACUAUAUAAGUAUAAAAUCCUAAUGGGGGACGUUUGGGAUUGGUCAGUUGAAUACGAAGAAUCCAGAACUUUAAAGCUCAAGCUAGAUUCGGGCAAUCUUCUUCAUGAAGAGUGGGUGCAGAGAUGUUUGCAAAGAACACAAGAUCUCCACUUGGCAGGAUUGCGAGAUAAUCACAGCAUACAUGAUUUGUGCUCCGAAGGUUUUCGCGAAUUGAAGCAUCUUCACAUACGAAAUAGCCCCUCACUUCAAUACGUUGUUCACUCCACAGAGGAUAUCCAGUGCACUGCAUUUACGAGAUUGGAAUCGUUGUUUCUCGAGAAUCUAAACAACUUGGAGAAGAUUUGUGGUGGCCAUCUUGCCCUAGAAUCCUUUAGCAAAUUAAAGAUCGUGAAAUUGGAUAACUGUAGUCAAAUCAAACAUUUGUUUCCUUCGUCCAUGAUGAGAAUAUUCUUGCAACUAGAAGACAUUGAAAUAAGUAGAUGCCACUUGAUGAAGCAAAUUAUUGCAGAUGUUGAGGCAGAUGAAGACGGAGAUGAAAUAGAUGCUGAUCCCAAAGUGAAGUCAUGGAAUUUGCGUAGGCUAAUAUUACAAAACUUGCCAGAGAUGACAAGUUUCUAUAAAGCCAUGGGCCAUUCAGUUGUACUCUUCAACAAACAACAGGUAAAUUUCAUGUUUCCUAAAAUGGUUGUAUUUUCCUCCAUCGAAAUCAUCCUAAUUGGAGAAAAUUUUCUCUAG